AUGCACCACCCCAUCAGCCUGCUCCUCUGCGCGACAGCCAUCCUCGCGGCGGCCGCCGCCACCGCCCAGCUCGUGCCCCCUCCAACCCUGACCUGCGGCGCCUGCAAGGAGGGGGAGGGGGGAUCGAGCCACGCCGUCAAGUGGUGCCAGCGCUGCUACAUGUCGCCCGUGCACUGCUCGCUCGAGUUCUCGGUCCCGUGCAACUCGACCGUCGACCGGGUGUGUCCCGGCGACGUCAUGGGGUGCGUGCAUGAGCCUGGGGACGCGGCGAACGCGACGAGGAGUGGGGAUACGGAAAUGGUUGGGGGGAGGAGGAGGAGGGGAAGGGGGAGGGCGUGA